GUUAUAUGUGCCGGGUUUGUUUUUAGUUUACACUUAUAUGUAGAAUAUCAAUUUCAUCUUUAUCCACGGACCGACACCCUGCUAACUUCAGUGUUUUCAAGUAACGCCAGCCAUCCAAUAAAUUGUUUGUGAUCUAAUUUCAGGAAAUCACUGCCACCAAAGAAGGGCUUAAACAACAUUCGACAGAAAACCAGAACAGACUGGGGUAGUGUCCAUUGUCAAUCAACACAAUUUGGAAAGAAGGUGUGUAAAACUGAUAUGGCAUCUAAAAGGAAACGUCUGAAUGAGACUGUUCCACGGCAGGCUUACAUGGAAGAACAUUUAAAGCACAAUGUGCUCCGUUGGCCAAAGAGAUACAGGACAGCAAGAUCGCUCUCAAAUGUGUUUAAAGGCUGCAGCGAAAAAAAAGGUGCAAAGUAUUUGGAAGCUGUGUCACGGAAGAUAACUGAAUGUAGAGGCCAGAAAUUUGUGCUAAAAAAUCCAGAUGGAAUCAUACUGUUCAUAGGCCCUGUGGAGGACACAGAAUAUGAUGACAGUCCAGCAGAUGUCAAUGGAUGGGGAAAGUUUUUUCUCCCUGAAACGGUGGAGAUGAAGGUUAUCGGUUAUGUCACUGGAACUCCAGUCCCAUGUGACCAGUUUGUCCUGAUGACAUGCGAGAACCAGCAAGUGUUUGGCUAUGAUGGAGAAAAACUGUACCUGGUGGCUUCCAGCUUAAAUAAGUUGUGUUGUGAGGGAUUAGCCUACCCUGAAGUAAAGAGCUAUUACUUCGGGGAAGCCUUCAAACACAUGACUGAAGAUGACUGGGAGAAGGUGAAGCAGGGACCUGUGGGGAAGAGGUUGGAAGAGGAUCAUUGUAAACUGGUUGCCUCUUUUGAUUCCACCUACUUAAAGGCUCACCAUGAUGGUCUCUUUCCAGCAUAGAUUUCCUGCCUGACUUUGUGCAAGAUGAGGACAGCAGCAGUACUAAAAAUAGAAAAACCGAGGCAUGCUCGGAUGG